AUUAUACAGUGUAAACAUGCUAACAUUUUCAUUGUAUUGUUUCUUGGAGAAAAUCAGUGUGUGAUAAAGGGUUUAAGAGAUCAAAAUGAACAAGACUUUUAAAGACAAUACAAUUCAGUUUUUUCAGAGCAUGUGAACCAAUAGCAAGGCUCACACUGACACCCAUAAGACAAUGUACAGCAACCCUCACACACAUGGAUCAUAGCAUUGCACAUAACUAGGGGGAAUUCCUGGCAUCAGCAGUAGCCUGGAGGAAAGGUACCGUUGCUCUGAGCUGAAAGCAGAACCAGAGCAGAACUGGAUACCCGCAGCACUGUGCCGGUAAGGUGAGGUGAAGUGCAGGAGCUGUGAACUCAUGGGGCUCUCCAGAAUGAACUGAGGUGGUGUUGGACAGAAGAGACCUGGGAUGUGCAAGUUCUACUUCUUGGACGUUGGCAUGUUUGCAGAAUUUGAAAAUGAGGGUGUGGAAGCAUUCUUUGCAUCAUGUCAAAAGACAGCUACUGCCAGAACUGACAAGUCCUGCAAAUCCCUUAGCCAUGUGCUUCGUAAAAGGACUCAUUUUGUUCGUUGAUUGAGAAGCUGAUAGAGCUGCUGGAGGAGGUGUUUUUCAGGUUGGACAGGAAGUUGGGGGAGGAAGAAGAGGAAGAGAAGGAGCAGGAGAGUAGCUGUCUUGGGAGCGAGGAAGGGAAGAGGAGGACAAGGAGGUAGUGCAGGAGCCUGAGCCAGGUAGUGGUUGGGACCCAGAAAGCCACUGAAUAUAGUCAUUAUAACCUAGUGAGGAAAGAUGGGUUUGGACAAGAAAAUGGCUAACCAAAAAAACAAAAUAAAAAAUUAUAUUGCUCUUCAAAAUUAAUCUUGAAAUUACAGCAGGUUUUAUAAGAGAAAAUAGGAUAAAACUAGGGAGAACAUAAAAAUGAAGUCAGGGCAGAAGAGAGGAGGAAGUUUGCAUUAGUGGAUAUUCAGUUUGCAUAGAAUGUACAUUGGUUUUUCUUCAAAGUUUGUACUCCUCUCUGAAACCAUGAGAACAGACUUAGUUCCACUGUUGAACUCUCACACAGACCCGCAGGGACUCGAGGAGAUGCGGAGAAGAAUAGAAACGAGGCUGUUGUGUUCGGAGAGAUUUUCUUGUAGAGCAAGCCCUUGGCAUUCUUAGUCCCCCUUUCAACAGCUUUUCAAGGAUUGCUUUCCCACGGCUGCAAGUCGGCCUUGAGCGAAUGACCAGCAGUCUUCCAGCUUUCUGAUGAUGACAUUUUAAAAUAUUGGUCAUUUUUUAAUUGUGUAUGUGAAGGAACAGGCCUGCAAUUCAGAAAGCAACGGCUCCUGGCGCUACGGGAGGUUUGUGAGUCACCUGUGGUGGGCGCUGGAAACCAAGCUAGGUCCAUCUGGAAGAACAGUGCGUGCUCCUAAAACUGAGCCAUCCCUCCAGCUUUGUCUUCUGAUGUUUGAAGCAAUGCAGGUCUGCUCUGCAGAGAUUUGACAGGCUGGACUCUGCGCAUGCGCAUUGACCGUCACUGCCUUUAGACGCAAGCACAUGUUUAUGCACAAGUGCAUAUCUAUAGCUCGUGUUCUGCACACCCUUGCAUACUUGUGUCCACCAACAUGGCUUGACAACAGCCGUUCUGUCAACUGUCUCUUCAGUUGCUAUCAACUGAAACACUAAACCAGGAACUUACUUGAGAGGAUGUUGAGGAGACUUGGCCAGUCUAUGACAAACAAUAAUAUUUGGAUCAGGAGGGGUGGACUUAUUAUAUCAUUGAUAUCGCGAUAAGGAGGGGUAGACUAAUUAUAAUAUGCAUAAUAUUAAAAACAGGAGGGUGGGUUUAUAAUUUGAUAUGAGAUGGAGAGGGUUGGCUUGUUAUAAUAACGUUGGUUGAUACCGGGUCGGGUAACGGUUGGCUUGCUAUAAACCGUGCCUGAGAUGGGAGGAAAGUACAGCCGAAUGGGAAGGAGAAUGCCUCAGGGUUUCCGAGGCUUCUCUGGGCUCUGUAAAUGUCAGAAAAGGAAUCUUGAAGAGACGCCCUUGGGUUUCUGCGACAUCAAGGCACCGAGAAACACCCUGUGCUUUGGGACUCGGGAUCCUGCGUAUUUAGACAUGGCAUACUUUCCUGACAACGAUCUGCACAUGGCAGCCUGUGCGGGAGAUUUACCUUUUGUGCGGCUGUACUUAAGUCUGGGGAAAUACGAAGUCAAUCACAGAGACAAGGAGAAUAGGAGUGUCCUGCACUUUGCCUGCUUCUAUGGAUAUCUAGACCUGGUGAAAUACCUCUGGAGGCGUGGCUGUGAGAUUAAUGCAUGUGACAAUCAUAACAUCACACCCCUGAUGAAGGCUGUCCAAAGCUGGGAAGAGGAAAUCGUGUGUUUUCUGCUAGAGCAUCAUGCUAACCUGCACAUUAAAGACAGCAAUGGCAAUACUGCUCUCCACUAUGCUGUCUAUGGUGGGGAGCCAGCCCUGGCUGCCAGGCUGCUACAGUAUGGAGCAAAUAUUGAGGAAAGAACAAAAGAUAACCUCACACCACUACUGCUUGCUCUCAGGGAAGACAGGCUGAAGAUGGCAGAAUAUUUAGUAAGGAUGAAAGCAAGUGUACAUGCAGUUGACUUUCAGAGAAGAACUUCUCUCAUGUAUGCUGUAAGAUGUGAUUCAUCAGUUAUGGUCAAUCUUCUUCUUCAACAAGGUGUUGACAUGAAUUUUAAAGAUUUCUUUGGGUGGACUGCUUUACGUUAUGCUAUUGAAGGUGAUCGUGAGGUGAAGACAAUACUUUUGGAGUAUGAGCAUAACCUAAUGCAAAGCUUAAGAGAGAAGAAGAAUUCAGGAUAAUGCUAGCUCUGAGCUUAGUUAGAGUAAAAUGGAUCAAGUCACAUACGAGGGAAAACCCACCAGAAUGACAACAGCUGAUUUCUCAGUGGAAACUUUAAUCAGUAGAAGAGCCUUGAAGAAUGCACUUUAAGAUCUAAAAGACUGCAGAUGCCAACUUAGAUUACUGUACCCAGCAAAACUAUCUAUCAUAGUUGAAGGAGAAUGAGAAACUUCCCAUGAUACAAAUAGGCUAAAAGACUUCAAACCAACUGUUGGGCCCCAAAGGCCUGGGUGUGAGGCCCAGCGUAACUUCCUGAGCCUAGCUCGAGUUUGACUACCUGUCCUGGGACAUGACUCCCGCAUACAAGUGAUCAGCACUACCUGACCAAGCAUCACCUCUGCCUAGUAACUGCUGAGGUGGCAUCAUCUCAUUGGCCCACUAUCCUCACCUCAUCCCCUCCCCCAUCACCCCAACCUAUAUAAGUUCACUCCUGAUGCAAUAAAGCGAGUUCCUGCUUCGACAA